AUGUCUCUACCCACUGCACCUCUCGGUCGCGAUGGCCCCCAAGUCACUCGCCUGGGUUUUGGCCUCAUGGGCCUGUCCGCCUUCUAUGGUCAGCCCAAACCUGACUCUGAGCGUCUAGCGCUGCUUGACAGGGCUCAUGAGCUAGGCGAACGUUUCUGGGACUCUUCAGACAUGUACGGCGACAACGAAGACUUGAUUGGGAAGUGGUUCAAGGCCAACCCCGACAAGCGCAAUGAUAUCUUCCUAGCAACCAAAUUCGCGGUCAAGAACAUGGGCGCUGAGAUCGACUCUUCUCCAGAAUACGUCAAGGAGGCCGUCGAGAAGUCUCUGCAACGGCUCGGAAUUGAACAGAUCGAUCUUUACUACUGCCACCGUGUUGACCAGAAGACGCCCAUCGAACUCACUGUGCAAGCCAUGGCUGACCUUGUCAAUCUCAAGAAAGUAAAGUAUCUCGGUCUUUCAGAAGUCAGCGCCGAGACGUUGCGAAGAGCGCACAAAGUUCAUCCUAUCUCUGCUGUACAGGUUGAAUACUCUCCUUUUGCCCUAGAAAUUGAGAGCAAGCAAAUUGACCUACUGAAGACAUGCCGUGAGCUAGGUGUGGCCGUGGUUGCCUACUCGCCUCUAAACCGCGGUAUGUUGAGUGGUGCCCUCAAGGGCCCAGAGGACUUUGAAGAAAGCGAUUUCCGUCGAUUUGCGCCUCGCUUCAGCGCCGAGAACUUUCCCAAGAACCUCAAGCUUGUGGAGCAGAUCACCGAGGUUGCAAAGGCCAAAGGCGUCACUCCCAGCCAAUUGACUUUGGCGUGGUUGAUGGCGCAGGGUGAGGACAUUUUCCCUAUCCCAGGCACGACUAAGGCUGCGCGCCUGGAAGAGAACGUGGGAAGUUUGAAGAUUGAAGUGAGUAAAGAGGAGGAACAAAAGAUUCGCAAGUCAUGUGAAGAGGUGGAGGUUAGUGGUGGACGCUACCCUGAGAGCUUCAUGAAGUCGUGCUAUGCCGAUACGCCGUCACUUGAGCAGUACCGAGAUGGUGGUGCAGGCUUGGAUGGGAGUGGAGACAUCCCCGCAUCCACGCCCAAGACGGCCUAUCGUAUUCAUAGAGAGAUAGUGAGACAAGGCAGUGCAUCCACCUGCGAAGCCAUUGGCCCUCGACGCAUCCAGCAAGAGAGCAUCUCAACCUCGCGCACACGUCAACCUUGGUCCAGCGCAGCCAUGGGCUUCAUCACCGGCUUCCUCGGGGGCGUCACCCUCACCACGGGCGUUCUCUACCUCACCAUCUCGCUGCACACACAAAACCGCACAACACAGGCCGCGCUCCUAAGACAGCAACGCCAAGUCCUUACCGACUUCUACGAGCCCAAGAAGCCGGAGCCAGAGCCCACAAGUCGGGAAGUGCCGGUUGGUCUAGCUGAAAUGGCUAAGGACAGGUGGAACAGGAGCCUCGAGGAGGGCGUGAAGAAGGUGUACACGACGGAUUGGAGGAGAGUACGCGAAGAGGCCGAAGACAGGGCAAGUGCCAUACUGCAGAAGAUCAGGGAGGGCAGCAAUCAUAAUUUUGUCUCCAACAAUACCGCACAUGCCUGCGCAAACAUGGCAUCUCAUGGCAAGGUCCUCGAUCUGUUCGACGACCGCUAUCUGGAAUUGCAGGACGUCAUUGGCAACGUUGAGCCGCUGCCCACACUCGUGCCUUAUGAGCAGUACAAGCAACACGCCAUCGUCUACCGCAUGGACACGAACCAUGACAUCUUCAUGGCGCUUCUGCACGACUUCACAGAGCGCAAGUCACUGGAGACGGGCAAAGAGCUGUGGACGUGGUGCGUGCAAUGGCAGGUUGAUGAAACCGCUACUCACCAGCCAGCCGUAGCACUACACUCACCCAAGAAGCCUCGUAUCGAUCCGAGACAGCCGAACAGUCCUACUAUGCAGCCACCUUUAGGUCAUGGCGCGCCCCCAAUAACCGCCCAGGUUCGCAGACUCGAUCCCGAGCUGAUGCAUCAGGAGGAUAUGCUGCGUAUAUUGGUCGACAUCGUCCAGGUCAACAGCACUGUGGUGCCAAAUUUUAUCGAGUUUCUAUACCGAUGGAUCGACUUCUACGAGGGAGAUGGAAAAGCCUUGAACGCGGCUCUGUAUGGAGAGAUUCCAAGCUUAUGGGACUUUGAAUAUCAUCCGAUUCUUGUUCCGGAGGACGUUAAAAAGAAAAUAGGCGAGGCAAACAGUAUCACAAGAGACGGGAAGGAAUAUGGAACAGGAAUCAAGACACCAAAACACGCCAACGCAGAAGAGCUCGCUCAAAAUUCGCCCACCAAGAAGAUGCGUCAGAAGCCCAAUGUGGUGACAUUUGAGCGUAAGUUGGAAGAAAGUGAGCGUCUACAGUAUCACGAAGUACAUUUCGGCAUACAACCUCCGAAGCUCAACGAGCCUCUGCCGCCUCUUAUCAAUAUUCCUCGGGACCGGGUCAAACGAGCGAAGUACCACGCUGCUUGCUUCAAAUCACGCCAACGCGCCCUUUACCUGCUCAUGGAAGCUGGGGUUACUCCGCAACAGUUGAAAGAUUACAAGAGGUGUCAGACAAUGAGUCUGAAAGACACGCCAUCGCGUGAGGGAGCACAUGGCCUCGAAAACUACGAGAAAGAUGCGAACCUUGCGCAGAUGAUUCAUUCAGCCAAAGAGAAACAGAGAGUAAAGCAGAUGGAAAUUGCCAUCAGCAACAAGUUGGCACACGAGGCCCAGCUUGCUGGUCACAGCACUAUUUCUGCAGGUUCGUCUGGUGUGCCUCUCAUCCCUAUCAUGCCCCCAACCAUUCGCAGUCUGGAAAUAGCUGGCCAAAUAUCACGUGAGAUUCAGCAGACUAAGGAUGAGAGAAAUCAGAAAAUCAACAUCGUUCCUGUACCACUUGUGGGUAAGACGAAAAGCCUGCUUUUCAAAGGCGCAAUGGACAGAGCAGCCUUACUAGGGAUAUGCGGGCCUGAUGGGCGGUUAGCAAGCCCACCUUCUUCUGUCGAUACUGAUGGCCAUGGGUCGAAGAACGAAGAUGAAGGCAAUGGGAUCACCGAUGGAGACUCAAAUGAUGACAUCAGUGCCUCUGGGGACGGAUUGUGUACACUACCUGGACCAGUACUACCGCCGGUCUCAACGCUCCCUCUUCCAAAUCUACCACCGCCAUCGCGUCCACCUCCAGUAAUGACGUCCAGUCAACCUCGAAGCUCUUUUGACUUCAAUCCUUCGUUUUUCUUGCAGCAACAAUAUCCAUCCGGGCACAGUGGUCCGUCUACCUCUGGUCCUGAUCCCCCAAGAAGGUCGAUGUCAUCGUAUAUAGCGGAGAACGUGCGAGACAAUACCCCAAACCAAGCACAACAACCGACACCAGUGCUGCAAUACCAGGAAAUUAUGGCUUCGAACAGUGCUAGAAUCCAACAAAAUGUCCUGGGUGGACAGGUAAGUGUGCAAGGUCCUCAAUCUACCAGCAACACUAGAUCCGAUGCUUCGAACAUGAUACAAAGAGCAUCCGAUCCACCCACGGAGACCGGGCAAGGUUCUUAUCCUCGACCAUCUGUUCUGAUAGCAUCUCGAUCUUCAAACACAACUGUGCCACCACCACCCGGAUUUGAACGCGAUGGUCCUUUUAUCUCUGGAAACAUGCCCCCUCCGCUCGGACCUCCACCGCCGCCGGCGGCGGCCUACCCCUCUACUAAACCUCAAUCUGAUACUUACAGCUCAAAUCUGCCUCAACGAAUUCAGACAUCACCAUCUUAUCCGGUUGGAUCUGAAUUCUCUACUCCUGCACGACCACCAAAUUUCGCGCAGCGCCUUCUAGCCCUGGGUCAUGCUACUAGCCUUCAUCAGGGACUUCGUAAUACUGGGCCGACAUUACUACGAGAACCAGAUAUGCCAGCUCCUAACAGCCUAGGUAGUCAGUACAAAUCAGCCCAAGAGCGUCACCACGCCAAUAUGCAGCGUAUCACUCCAUCUCCACUCACACUUCGACCACCGCCCUCUCCACUUUCGUCCCUAGCACCAAGCUUGCUAGCCACCUCGCCUUUUACCACCUCUCAUAAUGGCAUUCCAGUUCAGAUCUUUUUACCCAGAAUCCUCAUCCCCUCUAACACCAUUGGUCCAGGCGGAAUGAAAUUAGGCAACAGUGGCUGUGCCGAAACAGAUGCUUUUCUUCUCGGAUAUACGCACCCUCUAAGCGGGAAAAUCACUCUUAGUCGUGCCGUCUUCUUACCUUUGGGUGUGUGGAUCAAUGCGCAGGAUAGGGUGCGAAAAGGCAAGUACAAAGUAUUGGAGAGCUACAUAGCACCGACGAGAGAUACUUCAGUCUCACAUCGUGCUGUUUAUGAGAGGGUAAGACAGGCUUAUCAUCUUAUGAAGACGGGAUCGCCAGCAGCGAGAGAGCGGGAAUUGACGAAGAGGUGGAGGGCUAGUAGGGGGAGGAUGAAGGAGACCCAGAGAGGUGCGGUCUGGGAAGGUUGGGCUGUGGAUGUUGAUAGGGACAUUGUGAUGAGUAAGGAGGAUAGGACGGGUGCGUUUGUGCAAGAUGCGUUGAUCGAUGGAAUCGAUGAAGAUAGCGAGGAAGUCAGAAGGAGGAAGGAGAUUGACGAAUUGCUUGACACAGACGAAGCAUGGGAUUAUGGAGAGGAUGAGGAUGUGCAUAUGCACGGCUAG